UCGUUUUUCGUUCGCAAAAAAAAAAGACGCGUCGCCUCAGAUCUUCCGAAAGGGGCGCGCGCACUCACGACGCCAAGUUCCGAUCCAGUCGAGCACGAAGUUCCGUUGUGGCACGAAAAAGAACGACUUGGCGAUUAUCGCGCUCGCGAACGAGGGAAAGAGAGAACCAACGAGAAAGAACAUUCGUGAUUGUGCGCGCGCUCGUCGCAUACUUUUUUUGCGGUGACAUUCUCUCGCUCUCAAUCGGAUCGUGACUUUGAAAGUGUGUGUGUGUGUAUGAGGGUUGAGCCACCCGAAAGGGAAAAUCUUGGCCGCGCAACCCCACGAGAAAAUUCACAACCCCGUUGGUUUGGGACGAUCAGUUCGGAUUAGUCUGUCGAAGGAUUCGGGUGUCGUCGCGGCGUUUUCCAGGCCGUUUUGUCGUGCGGGGUUUGAUUUGCAGAUAUUGUUCGCAGGGAAGUUACUGUUCGGGAAGCCGGAGCCAGAAGAGAGUUCAAAAUGCGGGCAUUCCAGUUAACAUGGGCGAUAGUGAUACUGUUCUCGAUAGACACAGUUCGGUCUUUAGAUCUUCCUGAAUACCUGCACGUGUGCCACCGCGAAGAUCCCAAGCUGACCGAGUGUAUGAAGCAGUCGAUCGAGACGUUACGGCCGUACCUGGCGCGCGGUAUCCCCGAGCUGGACAUUCCCGCCAUCGAGCCCAUCAACCUGGGCGAUCUGAUCGUGGCCGAAAGCGUCCCCGGACAGGGCAUCAGCAUCACCGCCAAGGACAUCAAAGCUUACGGGCCGUCCAACUUCCGGCUGAAGAAAUUAAAUGUUGUGGAGUACGGCAAGGUAUACACCUUUGAGCUGGAACUUCCCCAUUUGUACGUCGAAGGUCGGUACGUGGUGGACGGACGCAUUCUGCUGCUUCCCGUGAAGGGCGCUGGCAAGUUCACCGGCAAUUUCACCCAAGGAUUUGGAAAUGUUCGCAUCAAGGGCGACCGAAAGGUCAUCAACGGAAAGAACCAUCUGUCGCUGGCCAAGCUGGACAUCAAAAUCAAAGUCGGAGACGGAAAGAUCAAGCUGGAGAACCUGUUCGGCGGCGAUCGAGUGUUAGGUGAAAUCAUCAACCAAACCAUCAACCAGAACUUCUCGCUGCUAAGCCACGAGCUGAUUCCGCUGAUCGAAAAGGCCCUGCAGAGGAUAUUCAAACAGACGGGCAAUAAAAUUUUGGAGCGAUUCCCAGAGGAAGUGCUAUUUCCCCAGCGGUGUUGUACCGAAGCGGUGUGUUCAACUCCAAAAGUUGUGCAAUCCACGUGGUGUGUGCGCGCGCGGAUCGUCGUUAGCUUGUUGCAACGAUUUAAGAACCAAACAAAACCUAAUCGUUUCGGUGCCAAACGGCUCAGUGUGACUCGGAACAUGAUCGCGACUUCGGCGGUACGGCGGCAACGGCAAUCAUCGGCGGUGAUGACCUAUCAGGCUAAAAGUUCUACACGCACUGCACUAAUGGCAGCGCUACGAAGGGUGGCCCUAGUGUUGGCCGCGGUGCUGCUGCUAGAAAUCAUUGACACUGUCCAGGCCAAGGAGAUCGCCAUUCGCAACAAGGACUUUCCCCAGCUAAAGGAGAAACCUGAUUGGUUGCGAGUUUGCCGGCGGGACAACCCCAACGAAAACCAGUGCUUCAAGAAGAUGUUCGAGGAAACGUUCCCCUACAUUGCAAACGGCAUUCCCGAGAUCGGCGUCCAACCGUUCGACCCGCUGCGCAUCGAAUCGGUCCAGGUGUCCCGGGGCUCGGGCGGACUCAUGCUGAGCGGUGGCUUCAAGAAGCUCAACGUCAAGGGCCCCUCCAACACCACCGUCAAGCGGGCCAGCCUGGACUUUAAGACGAACCAGCUCAGCUUCGACCUGGAGAUUCCGAAGCUGAAGAUCGACGCGGCGUACAACCUGAAGGGAAACGUCCUUCUGUUGCCCCUGGUCGGCGACGGUGACGUAACGAUGGUGCUGAAGGACGUCAAAACAUCCGUCUCGACCAAGUUUGGCGUGCGGCCGCUGCCCGAGGACGCUAUCUACAUCGAGGAGAUGAAAGUAACCUUUUUGGUCGGUGGCAUGCGCAUUCAUCUGGACAACCUAUUCCAAGGCAACCAGGUCCUGGGGGCGUCGCUGAACCUGUUCCUGAACCAGAACGCCAACGAGGUGAUUUCCGAGCUGCGGGCGGACCUCGAGCACGGCCUGGCGGAGAUCUUCACCGGGUUGUGGAACGAGCUUUUCAACAAGCUACCGCUGAAGCUGUGGCUCGCGUAGGAAUCGCCAUUUAGG